AUGGGAUUAGGGGGAUUGUCGGCUCGGCCCGCCCUGCCAUCUGCUUUCUGCUACCUCCUGGCAGCCACCAUCGGGGCGCUCUGCGGGGAGCCUGUCCAGGGUCCACCAGUGAUCCCUGGCCACGGGGCCCCCUGCCUGGGAUCCUGGCCCCUCAUUGGGCAGGAUGAGGCUGUGGCAGCCAGUUUGGGCAUGGGCUGGCAUGGGGGGCAUGUGGUGUCCGUGUGGGGUGCCGUCACCUGCAUGGCAAUGGCUGGUCCCCUUGACAAGGCCGAGGGAGACGUGGAGCUGGAGCUGGAGACGGAGCCCAACGGCUCCGGGGGCAGCGGCGAUGGGGCGGGCGGGCGCGCGGCCGAGAAGCCGCGGAAGCAUGACAGCGGGGCGGCGGACCUGGAGCGCGUCACGGACUACGCGGAGGAGAAGGAGAUCCAGAGCUCCAACCUGGAGACGGCCAUGUCGGUGAUCGGAGACCGGAGGUCCCGGGAGCAGAAAGCAAAGCAGGAGAGGGAGAAGGAACUGGCGAAAGUGACCAUCAAGAAGGAGGACCUGGAACUGAUCAUGACCGAGAUGGAGAUCUCACGGGCAGCUGCAGAGCGCAGCCUGCGGGAGCACAUGGGGAACGUGGUGGAAGCACUCAUCACCCUCACCAACUGAGCGCCGGGCCUGCUGGAUGAGCGCACGCCCUCACUGGAUGCAGGGCUGGCUGGAGACGCGGUGUGUUCCCUUACCUA